AUGGAGGGUCAGGGUGAAAAUGACGAGCUCUACCCUAUCGCUGUUCUCAUUGAUGAGCUAAAGCACGAUGAUGUCCUCCUCCGCCUCAAUGCAAUUCACCGUCUUUCAACGAUUGCCUUAGCUCUAGGCCCCGAAAGGACUCGUGAUGAGCUCAUCCCAUUCCUUGACGAUUCCGUCGAGGAUGAAGACGAAGUUUUGACCGCAUUAAGUGAGGAGCUUGGGUCGUUCUUAGAGCAUGUUGGUGGCCCGGAAUAUGGCCACGUACUGCUCUCUCCUUUGGAGAAUCUCGCGGCCAUUGAGGAGCCUUUGGUGAGAGAAAAGGCUGUUGAGUCACUUAACAAGAUCGGCGAACAGCUGUCCGAAAAACAAAUCGAAGAAUACUAUGUUCCAAUGGUCCAGCGUUUAUCGAAGGCCGAUUGGUUCACCUCAAAAGUAUCCGCUACCGGUCUCUACUGUAUCCCAUACAAGAAAUCCUCCUCUUCCUUGCAACAGACUUUGCGCCAAUUUUUCGCUGGCCUCGUACGCGAUGAAACCCCCAUGGUCAGACGUCAAGCAGCCAACAAUUUCGCGAAGUUCGUGAAGGAAAUGAAUACUCCGAUUGUCAUUGACGAAAUGAUACCCCUCUUCCAAUACCUAGCUGGCGAUGAUCAGGACAGUGUGCGUCUACUCACCGUGGAUAUCCUCAUCGCCAUUGCAGAAGAGAUUCCUAAGGAGCAACAACCUAGCCACGGCGUGUUGCUGACGUCUCUGCGGAGCUUGUUUGAAGAUAAAAGCUGGCGCGUCAGAUAUAUGGUUGCGGACAGAUAUGAAAAAAUCGCGAAAGCCGUGCAUGAAGAAGUUAUCACUCGCGACAUGGUGCCAUCGUUUGUUAAACUUCUAAAGGAUACUGAGGCUGAAGUUCGCACUGCCAUUGCGGGACAGAUACCAGGGUUCUGUUCUCUGAUUGAUCGGGAAACUUUGCUCAACGAAAUCAUGACCAGCGUGGAAGACCUUGUAUCAGAUCCAUCUCAACAUGUGCGCGCGGCCUUGGGAACUCAAAUUAGCGGACUUGCACCUAUUCUUGGAAAGGAAGAGACAAUUUCCCACCUUCUACCAAUGUUCCUUCAGAUGCUUAAGGACGAGUUUCCCGACGUGCGACUGCAUAUUAUUUCCAAAUUGGAGUUGGUUAACCAGGUUAUUGGCAUCGAACUCCUAUCCCAAUCACUUCUUCCUGCUAUUGUCCAGCUCGCCGAAGAUAAACAGUGGCGAGUUCGUCUUGCCAUCAUUGAAUACAUCCCUCUUCUGGCAAGUCAGCUAGGAGUGACCUUCUUUGACGAGCAACUCAGCGACCUCUGUAUGGGCUGGCUUGGCGACACCGUCUUCUCUAUUCGGGAGGCCGCCACGCAAAAUCUGAGGAAGUUGACGGAGGUAUUCGGCGUCGAGUGGGCCAAGGGCUCCAUCAUUCCAAAAGUCAUGGCAAUGGGCCAACACCCUAAUUACCUCUACAGAAUGACGACAUGUUUCGCUAUAUCAACACUAGCACCCGUUGUCACUCUGGAAAUCAUCGAGAGCUCAGUACUACCCAUCCUUGACAGGCUCACCUCAGACGAAAUCCCGAACAUUCGGUUUAAUGUUGCCAAGUCUUAUGCCGUCCUGAUCGACGUAUUGCGACGACUUCCCGCACAAGGCACUCUAGGUGAUCUAGAAAAGGAAGGCAAAGCCGAGUCUCCUUCGCCCAAGGGUCAAGAGCUUAUCCAGCAGAGCGUCCUCCCAAGUCUGGAGAAACUCCAGGCUGACGAAGAUGUUGAUGUUCGGUACUUUGCAACAACUGCUGCCGGCGGCAACGAGGAGGUCAUGCAGACCUCGCCGUAA